UUUCUUCUUAAUAUUUUGUACCUUAAAAUGCAUUCAACGGAUUUUUUUUCGUGUGAUUUAAAUGUCCACAUAGUUUUAAGAAACAGGCUAUGAUGGGCAGGCUCUUCUAGGGGUGCACGCGAAACACAGAGGCAUCUUUCCGGGAAGCAGGAUUUGUGUCUCCGGGAAUGUGCGUGAAUUCGUCCGGUUUCGCCGCCCACACGCGCGUGGAAGAGACUGGCCGGAUCUGAUCGGUUCCUGCGCGAUUUUAAAAAAAGUUCCUGAAACUUCCCGAAACACUUUCAAACCCGUUCAACCGGGCGUCGGGGCGUCACGGUCCUUUUCCCAUCAGGCCCGGUUUAUUAUGGUGUGCUGAGAGUUUUCAGCCAUGCGUGUGGAGCUGAGUUUGGUGUGCGUGGCCUUAGUGUGCGCCUUCAAACAGACGAGCUCGUGUUUGAUCAUCAGCGAGGUCAACUGCGACAAUCCCAAACUGGACACUCAGGAAUUCGUGGAGCUGUACUACGAAGGUUCGAAUCCCGCUUCUCUGGAUGGAUACACUCUUGUUUUUUACAACGGCAAAGGAGACUCGGCGUACCGGGUCAUCGACCUGAGUGGACACCAAACAGAUCCGCGGGGCUUUUUCGUGGUUGGCUCUUUUGAACUGACUCCUCGGCCAGCCAUCUUUCUUCCGCCCAACUCCGUUCAGAACGGGCCUGACGCCAUCGCUCUCUACGGCCCCAACUGGACGCCGGUCGCUGAAGGGGGGCAGGUUUCAGGAGUGGGGUUGCUGGACGCCAUUGUGUACACUUCAGGUAAAUCCAGAGACGGCGCUGAUGGCCUAGCGUCCGUUCUGACCCCCGGCUUGGUCCCGUACGUGGAGGAUGAGUCUGCUCUGGAGGGGGAUGAGUCCAUUCAGCGCUGCUGGCAGUCAGAAAACUUGUGGUCGUUCUACACCGGCCCGCCGACCCCCGCGUGGGUCAAUCACUGCCCGCCGCCGACCCCUGCAGAGAUCUGGAUCAAUGAAGUCGACCUCGGCGGCUCGGAGCGAUCGGGGCAUGUGGAGCUCAGCGUUGGCAUGGCAACCGGGUCAUUUUCUUUGGUGGUUUACGAUGGUACUACGGAUCUGAUUAGCGCGAGUCAGAAUUUCAGUGCAAAGGAGCCUGGGAUAUUCACCGUGUCUGUGAAUACUGCGAGAUUAUCAGGGUCACAAAGUGCAGCACUGGCAUUGUAUGAAGGCCCAGUAUCAGACUUCCCCAAGGAUGGCCCCCUCAGCCACAAACAGCCAAUCGACGCCUUUGUUUACGGAGACUCUGAGCACAUGCCCAGUGAUAACCUCACAGAGAUGCUCAUACCAGGGAGAAAACCUUUCAUACUCGCAGAGAGUUUUCUCACAGCAGGUCUUCAUGUCAGUCGCUGUGGUGUUGCCGAAUGGACGAGAGAUCCAGGGCUGUUUGUAACAAGGCCUCGGAGUCCCGGAAAAACAAACGACUGCGCUUGGUUUCAGUCCUGCCCUCUUAAUAUGACCUCUCUCACAGUCUCAGGACGGACCCAACCCCCGAUUCAUAGCGACGUUGAUUUCCUGCUUAACGAGAUCAACACCGACUCACCAGGAGGAGCCGAGGACGAGGAGUUUAUAGAGUUGUGGCAUCCGUCUGGCUUCCGCAUGUCACUGGAUUUCAUCUGGCUGGUGAUGAUCAAUGGACAGACCGGAAGGGUGUACUACGAGCUGGAGCUGAAUGGAUAUUACACGGAUGACGACGGAUACUUCCUGAUCGGCAGUUCAAAGGUCAGCCCUGACAUCAGAAUCCCAUCGAACACCAUCCAGAACGGUCCGGACGCUAUAGUGUUGUAUCGCAGCAAGUCUCCUCCUUCUAAAGAGAGUCCAAAUAUUCCCAAAAGCGGUUUGCUGGAUGCGGUGGUUUACCGCGUUCGGGGGUCUGAUAAGAAGGUUUCGGAGCUGACGGAAGAGCUGACCCCGGGACAGCUCCCUCUGCUGGAGGACAUCAGUACACUCCCUGCUGACGAGACCCUCAGCCGAUGUGGACCUGAGAGACUCAAUCUCAGUGCUUUCAGGGUCACUUCUCCCACACCAAGGAAGCAGAAUAACUGUCCUCCCAAACCCACCAUUCGUCCGCCUCCUGAGGGUGUCGUCAUCAGUGAAUGGGGCCAGACCUCGCCCAAUAAACAGUCUCACGAGAGUUUAUUUCUGGAGCUGACUGGCCCACCCUCGACUCCACUGAAUGGACUUGUUUUGGUGUUUUUUGGGGAAGACGCUACAGAAUGGAUAGUACCGCUCACUGGCAGCACAGGAAGUGACGGGUUUUAUCUGGUCGCCAAUGAGUCUCAUGCAGAUCAGGGCUUGCCGGCGUUGGGUCUAUUGGGUGCAGUGCUCCUGUGUUUCGAGCCGUCAGGAUCGGGGAUUUGUGGGAGCGACUCGCGUCAUUUGGACGUACUAGUUUUUUCCGAUGACUCAAAGUUACAGAGGAUUCUCCAACACAACACGACUUGCUUCGCAUACACACUCUUCAGUUCUUCUUUAUCUCGAUGUGCAUCAGACGGGCCUGUUCUCUGGAUCGUAUCCCAUCCGACUCCACGCCUGCCGAACCGCUGCCCGAGUCCUGCCUUCUCCAGCCCCGUGGACCUGUGCCUGCAGCAGGACCCUAACUGGCAGAGCGACUCGGAGAAUUGUGUCCAGGAUGAGUUUGCCGUUUUAUUAGAGCGCUUGUGUAACUGUGGGAUCUCCAGCUUACACGUUAAAGGUGUAAAGGUGUCCAGCGAGGCGGGCCGGUUGUACGCACAGGGCUCUGUUCUUGCUGUUUCUGACCAACAGAAGGAGCACAUCUCUGAGAUACUGAGUGACAGCAAGCUCUCGUGUUCGGCUGAACAGGAGCGACAGGUUCAUGGAGCGGGGUCUUCGGUUGCUCUGCAGGUCGGGCUGGUGCUCGCGGCGCUCCUGCUGUUCGCCAUGGGUGCCGCUCUGUUUGUCUUCUUGUACAAAAAAAGGCGUCCUGCUGACUACCUCUCCAUGCGGCUGAGCGAACAGGCCGAGACGCCGCUCGAUCUCUAGUGUGUGUGUCUGGCGAGAGUGUGUCUGGGCGAGAGUGUGUCUGAGCGAGUGUGUGUCUGAGCGACUGUGUGUGUGUCUGAGCGAGUGUGUAUGAAUUUAUGUAUGAUCACGAGCGUUUGUUACUGUUUUUUUUUUAUAUACGAUGAAUGUGUUUUACUAUAGAUGAUUGCUGACUCACAGUUUUAUCAGAAAUACUUUGAUUAUGCAACGUUGAGAUUCUGAGCGAGUGUGUA